CGCCGGGUCAAGGGUCAGCCCGCAAGAUGGCGGCGGCAGUGACCUUCUGUAGGCACCUCGGCCGGAGCGGCGCCGCGGCGCUUAGUCUGCCCCGGGGAGUCAGGUGUUUCGGGGUGCGCAUCGCGCCGACCGGAGAGAAGGUCACGCACACCGGCCAGGUUUAUGAUGAUAAAGACUACAGGAAAAUUCGAUUUGUAGGUCGUCAGAAAGAGGUGAAUGAGAACUUUGCCAUUGAUUUGAUAGCCGAGCAGCCCGUGAGUGAAGUGGAGAGUCGCAUAGUGUCGUGUGAUGGCGGUGGGGGCGCUCUCGGCCACCCGAAAGUCUACAUUAAUUUGGACAAAGAAACAAAAACUGGAACAUGCGGUUACUGUGGCCUCCAGUUCAAACAGCAACAUCACUAGAGCAGACCAGGCCCCUGGGUCUUGGGAGGCUAAGCAUGUGAGCAUUUCAGUGUUCUGUUCGCUAAAGUAGGGAAGGUCCUCGUGCUGCCCGGGCGGUGUUUCUACUGUGAAUAAAGGGCGUUGUUAAGGAC